AGGAAUACGCACUCAAAUAACCGAGUGACGACUGAAGUGUGGUAAACACUUUUUAUGAAAAGAUAUUUAUUUUAACGUUCAGUCUUCGAGAUCAAAAUGGUUCAGUGCUCUGUUUUGGUGUGUUUCAAUAAUAGUGCAAACAAAAAUAAAGCUUUAUCUAGUGUGACAUUUCACAGGUUUCCAAAAAAUAUUAAGUUGAGGAAUAUGUGGGUUGAAGCCACAAGAAGACUUGAUUGGGCUCCUCCUAAAGAUGCUGUCAUCUGCUCUGUUCAUUUUGAAGAGUCCUGUCUAUAUACUACUCCAAAAGGUCAGCAUAAAGUGAUUGAAGGCUCUAUACCAACCAAAUUACUUCUUAAAGUUGAGAGUGCUCCUUCAACUUUGGCAUUAACACAAAAUGAGUCCAUGGUUGUGCCGCAUAUAAAGGAAGAGCCAGAAGAAGAACCACAAUGCAGUGUCCAAUCAUUCAUAUCUACUUCAAAUGAGGAAAGCUCAACAAUAGUAACGACUCAUGAUGACAUGAGAAGAUUGUCUGAUAGUGAUUCGCCAGAAACGAAAAAACUGAAAUUGGAAAUUUUAAGACUGGAUAGUGUUUUAGACAGACAGCGAAGAAAUCUUAAACGGCUUUGGCAAAAAAAUCGCAGGCAGAGCAAAAAAAUUAGUUCUCUUCAAGAAAUGUUUUUAGCCAUUGAAAAAUAGAACUUUUUAGAUGACGCAGAGUAUUUUACUCUAGAUGAAAUAACUUGAAACAUGACAGAUCAAGAUCUAAUGAGGAGAUACAUUCGUAAGGCCAAAAAAUGACGAAUCAAAAACAAUAGUUGCCAUUUUUAAGUACUUUUACUCAUACACUACAUUUUUAUUUCGCACCCCCAAACUCUGCAGAAAUGGUACCAGAACUACAAUUCUGAACCAGGGUUCAAGUCUACGGCACUAGUUACAUUAAAAAAGUAAGUGAAAAACAGGACACAAGCUGUUAGUUAGUCUCAUUCUGGAUGAGACGUUUCUACGAGAUCACAUAGACUGGGACGGAAUGAAAUUUGUUACACUGCGAAAACUUCCUUUUGUUUGUAAGUUGCCAACUGCUUAUUUUUAUGUGGAUUCUGUAUCUGGGUUACUGACACAGUGGUUAUAAAAUUUGGAUUGUGUUAACUAGAUAUGAAACGCUAGCAGUUUAGCUUUAGCUAACAGAUAUUCUGCCAACCUUGCAGAGGGACAAUCACAUGGAUUUAAUGCUAGUAGCGCCAUCUGUGUAUUAUCCUAUUAACUUAUGAGUCCAUCUAAUAAAGGUGUUAUUAUUUUGA